AUGCUGCCUCAGGAAGCAUCAUCCUGUACGCCUCCCAGCAGCGACAUCGAGCUCGACCAGCGCCUGCCGCCAUCUCCACCGCAAUCGCCGAAACCACAAUCGCGCUCCAACGUCGACCGCCUUGUCACGUUUCUACGCCUACGAAAAGCUGGACAACCGAUCGCAUAUCCUACAAACUGCGACUGGAAGCGCUUUAAGCUCAGCCCAGCGCAGUUCGAAGAGUUCUGCCAACGUUUGAGGGACGAAGUCGGACUUCGGGCCUGGUUCGACGAUAAGGCACGCUACGAGUACGAUCCCACGGAGGCGGAGUUUGUCCUGCGCAUGCCCUCGGCUGUUCUUGAGCGAUUCCUGGCCUGUGUUGAGGAUGCAAUAAGUGCGGCCAUCACAGCGUUAGCAGUUCAACUUGCAGCGGAUCAUCAUGAAGCAGCGGCAGAGAGCUUGAGGAAGAUCUAUAACGGUCGCAGCACAACUCUAGAACUGCAUGCGCCAAAGCUCGAGAACAGCAGUCAGUCGUCGCAAUCCAGUGCAGGAGGCCUUGUGGUGCAACGAAGUCCCGAUGCUUCAUUCUUCCAUCCCGGCGGAGCGCUGCCCGCACUGAUCCUGGAGGUGAGCUAUUCUCAGCAGCGGAAAGCUCUUCCCAGGAUUGCAGAGCGCUACAUUGUGGACUCAAGGCAUCAGAUCAGGUGUGUCCUGGGCCUGGACGUUACGUAUGCGAGCGGGAAGAGGAAGGACAAGACGGCGACGGUCAGCGUGUGGAGACCUGCAAUGGAGCAAGACGAGGAAGGCGAUGACGUGGGUGUAUGCCGAUGCGAUGUGGAUGCGGUGGCCUUCCGAGCAGGUGACGGAACAGCUUGUGAGGGCGAGAUCGAACUGUCGACCAGCGAUUUCCUGCCUUGCGAUAUCUUGGACACCUUGCCGGAAGUCGCACGAUCCGGGCACUUCACGAUCACAUUCGCCCAACUUGCAGAAUUCCUCGCGGAUGCCGAAAAGAUCAAUCAUCGACAUUCCAGGACAUUGACCAAGAAGUUCCGCAAGCGCAAGCGUACACCCUCCGAGGAUCUUUCCGAUCAUCGCGAGGAAGCUUUCGCCAAGCAGGAAGAAGCAGAUCUGGAGAAAGAGCAACGAGCUGAUGACGAGUGGAAUGAGCCAGGCCACAUAAACGCAUCUGCUGGUCAGAUCGAGGUGGUAGAACGCAGACGCAGUAAGCGGAACAAGAGCGGGAGGUCUGUUGGUGAGGCCAGCUGA